AUGUCAGACCAAAGUUUGCUGAUCCUGUUUGGGAGCCAGACUGGGACAGCUCAGGACACAGCCCAGAGGAUCGCCCGACAGGCCAAGAGGAGGCGACUGCAGGUCAGGACCCUGCCCCUGGAUGGAUACAAUGUUGCCACAUUGAUUUCAGAGUCUACAGUUGUGUUUGUAUGUGCCACCGCUGGCCAGGGAGACCCACCGGACAAUAUGAAGAAUUUCUGGAGAUUCAUUUUUCGGAAGUCCUUACCUGCUGGUUCCUUGUGUCAGCUGGACUGUGCUGUGCUGGGGCUGGGAGAUUCCUCAUAUCCAAAGUUCAAUUUCGUGGCUAAAAAGCUUCAUAAACGCCUCCAGCAGCUCGGGGCCUCACUUCUACUUCCUGUUGGUCUGGCUGACGACCAACACGAUCUUGGGUCCGAUGCAAUGAUAGAUCCUUGGCUAUAUUCAUUUUGGCAAAAGUUUUAUUCCCUGCAUCCUUCUUUAAAAGCACUGCCCUGUCUAAAAGAUGAUGAAAUGCUUCCUCCGACAUUUACUUUUGACUUUCUGCAAGGUGACACUGAUGUGGCAAAGCAAGCACCUCCUACGGAACAGACUGUGCCUUCUUCAUUAUGUCCUUUUCCUGCAAGACUUCUGUCCAAUACAAGAGUGACUGAUGUGUCGCACUUCCAGGAUGUGCGGCUGUUUGACUUUGAUAUCAGUGGGUCCAACAUUGAGUUUUGUGCUGGUGAUGUGGUGAUGAUGCGCCCUUGUAACACAGCGGAGGACGUGCAGCAAUUUUGUCAGCUGCUUAAUUUGGAGCCAGAGUCCAGUUUUACUCUUAGACCAACAGGAAACACAGAAGUCCCUGUGAGACUUCUUGAGCCCUGCACUGUGCGCCACCUGGUGGAAACAUACCUCGACAUUGCUGCUGUGCCUCGACGAUCCUUCUUUGAAUUACUAUCGACUUUUGCUAAAGAUGAACUUGAGCGAGAAAAACUGUUAGAAUUCAGCUCGGCAGCGGGACAGGAGGAUCUGCACGCUUACUGCAGCCGCCCCCGCCGCACGGCCCUGGAGGUCUUGGCUGAUUUCCCAAACACCACUGCAGAAAUUAAAGUAGAUUAUCUUCUGGAUCUGUUUCCGGAGAUCCAGCCUCGGUCUUUUUCCAUCGCAUCAUCCCUAAAGGCUCAUCCAAACAAGAUCCAGAUACUUGUAGCUGUGGUUCGUUACAAGACAAAGCUCUACAACCCCAGGAGAGGCCUCUGCUCAAACUGGUUGGCUUCACUCGACCCACAAAAAGAGGUGAACGUGCCGUUGUGGGUGAAAAAAGGCUCACUGAAGUUUCCCAAAGACAUGGAUACUCCGGUCAUUAUGGUGGGGCCUGGGACGGGGGUAGCUCCUUUUCGGUCGGUUAUACAGGAAAGGAUAGCUGAGGGAAAAACAGCCAAUGUUCUUUUCUUUGGGUGCCGGUCUGAAUUUAAAGACUUCUAUUUCAAAGCUGAAUGGGAGGAGAAGGUCAAGGAGGAGCAUUUGACCCUCUUCACGGCCUUCUCUCGAGACCAGGAACAUAAAGUCUACGUUCAACAUCGGAUAAGUGAAAAUGCUGAAUUAUUGAUGGACUUGAUGGUCAAUAAAAAUGCAUACUUUUAUAUUGCUGGAAAUGCCAAAGAGAUGCCCAGUAGUGUGUGUGACGCCUUGAAGGGGGUGUUUCAAGAGAGAGGUGGAGUUUCGGCUCCGGAGGCAGAGCAGAUGCUGGCGGCUCUGGAGAAGUCGGGCCGUUUUCAGACCGAGACCUGGUCCUGA